AUGUCAACGCAGCUAUUCAACGCAGGCUAUAUCUGCCGCCACUGUCGCACGCGUAUCGCCCGCCAAAAUCAUCGCUUCGCUUCAUCGGAAGCUAGACGACGGGCGACGAUCCCAGAUGGUCCAGUACGAACACGAUUUGCACCAUCCCCGACGGGUUACCUGCACUUCGGAUCGAUUCGCACAGCUUUGUUCAAUUAUCUUAUAGCGAAGCGAACAAAUGGCAAAUUUUUGCUCCGGAUAGAAGAUACAGAUCAGAAGCGCACAAUACAAGGCGCCGAGGAACGCAUUCUCAACGAUCUACGAUGGCUUGGGCUUCGUUGGGAUGAAGGUCCAGAAGUAGGCGGACCGUAUGGACCGUAUAGGCAGUCAGAGCGCAGUGCGUUGUACAAGGCGCAUUCAGAAGAAUUGAUAGAGUCUGGGCAUGCGUAUCGCUGCUUCUGCUCAGCUGAAACGUUACAGAAGAAGGGUCAGCAGCGAAGUCAAUCCGGACUGGCCACGAUGUAUGAUCGAACAUGUUAUCAUCUCUCCGCCGAAGAGUCGAAAGCAAGAGUUGCUUACGGGGAAAAAUAUACUGUGCGUUUAAGAGCGCCAGAAAAGCCAGUUGCUUAUAAUGACAUUGUUGGAGGACCAUACAUAAUGUCGGAGAUGGCAGCAAGACGUGCCGCAGCACAGGGCGUAUACGAUGACUUCAUUCUCAUCAAGCAAGAUGGGUUGCCAACAUACCAUUUCGCUAAUGUGGUAGAUGACCAUCAUAUGAAGAUCACACAUGUCAUCAGAGGCGUUGAAUGGCAGAUCUCAACGCCGAAGCAUCUUAACUUAUAUGAUGCGUUCGGAUGGGUGGCACCUUCUUUUGGCCACAUCGGACUGUUGUUAAAUGAGGAUGGGACCAAAAUGAGCAAGAGGGAUAAGACAUUCGAUCUACAUAUGUUCAAGAAGGACGGCGUACUGCCCGAGGCACUUAUAAACUUUCUCGCACUAUUUGGAUGGUCGCAUGCGCAGCGAAGUGAUUAUAUGAGCUUGAAAGACCUUGAGCAUAACUUUGACCUCAAUCUGUCGAAUACGAAUCCCACGGUAUCUCUCGCCAAACUUUGGUUUCUUGCCCCAAAGCAUGCUAUGAAACGAGUUGAGAAUGGUGGGGAGGCCUUAGACGAAAUGCUUGACAAUUUCUGCAGUGCUGUGCAGACAGUCAUGGCCGAAGAAUUUGCAGAGAGAGAAAAACUAGAGGAGGGCUUGAAUCCCUCUGCGCAUCGUGGAUACGUGAAACGUGUCCUAAUCGCAGAUGCAAAAAAUUAUGUUUCUGCCGUCGACUUCGCAAGAACGCAUUCUUACUUCUUUCUUAAAAGUCCAGUGAUCUCCGAGACCAUUGCUGAGAGGAAAGCGAAGGCAGUCAGAGAAGCGCUAUGCUCUAGCCUAAACAGUGCCUUUCGUGAUGGUUCUGUGGACAAGCGAUUGCUUCCCGCCCCAGAUGAGACGAACGAGUAUCUCCAGGACCUAUACUCAAAAGCCACGGAUGAUGCUAUCAAAGCGGUAACACAAACUCAAAGCGAGACCGGAGAGCGAAUCAAGAAAAAGGAGUUCUGGCAAAUCCUGCGAGUCCUGCUCACAGGUGGCCAAAAGGGCCCCAGUUUAGUUGAGACGAUGGAAAUAUUGGGCCUUGAACGCGUAAUAGAAAGGUUGAGUUCCCAGCCUAACUAUGAAGACAAUGUCUCCUGA